GUUGUAUUGGGUCGGAGCGAAGAGUGAAAUUUUUCUUGUUCAGGUUUAAUAUGCGUAUCGCCAUGCAACGCGGUCGGCUUCCCGUGUAUUGUCGUCGAGGGAACGAUCCAAGAGGACCUUCUACUCUAUCGUACAGACUUAUCACCGUGUAGCAGGAACAGGAACAAAAUGAAAGCCGCCGCGCAUCUGAUCUUUACAUUACUUGACUGGACUUCUUGAUCACAGAGUAGCCGAACAUAAACUCCCACAUUGAUAGAUCAUUCUUCCGGACGACUACAGAAAAAUGACCACCGCUGCCAUCGCCUCCUUUUUGCAGGACUCCGCCGACAGCAUUGCUGAAACCUAUAACUACAUCACGCAAGAGACCAACUCGGACUUUGUAGACCUGGUGAAGCCCAGCAAACCUUCUACUUCGGUCCCCACGAAGCAACUGGAAGCUGGCUACUUUGUGGACCCGCUCGACGACAAAAGGCCGCUGAACGACCAAAAACACCACUCGGCGCCGUUGGUUCUCAAGGAGCUCGAGGGGAAGGAGAUAAAAAGUAAAGAGGAUGGAACUACGCCUGGGGGGAUUUCGUACGGCGGAGGAGGUAGCAGCACUAGCUUCUCCGCGGGAGGGGCGGCCGGUGGUGCACAAGGCUUCGCAUCCCAGGCGGUGCAGCAGGGGACGCAGGCGGCCGCGUAUAGUAGUUUGGCUUCGAAUUUAUGUUGGCUGAUCGGUUCUUGUGUGCUGCAUGGUUGUAUAGUGUGUGCCGUCCUAGCAUGACAAUUUCUGACUUGAAUGCAAACUUCGCAUGACAAAUACUGUAAAUCGACAACAGCAACUUCUUCUCCUCUUUGGGCAGCACCGUGCAAGACAUCCUCGAUCGCGACGGCCACGUGGAGCAUGUAGAUGGGACCAAAUUUCUAUGACAGUGAACAACUCCCCGCUCCCCUCAUUUGUACUGCUAUUGCAUAAACAGCAAUGCAAACGCCAGCGACCCUGGAGCCUGUGCAUGACAAAUUUAUGUGCCUACGGUGGUACUGUUUGAGCUUUCGAGAUUUGUCAUGCAAACAGUGCCACAGGGAAGUGACUGGAUUUGGCAUUUUGCAUGACAAAUGAGGGGGAGGUGGAGUUGUGCACUGUCAUAAUUCCCGACCAAGGAAGAAAUGGACAAAUACGAGGAAGAGCAAAACGCCAGUGCGUUACGCGUUGCAAAAGCAUCGGUUUGAUAGUGGACAUCGAGGGCGGAGUAGAACUCGCAAUUUUUUAAUACAGACUUUGAUAUCGUUCUUCCCACCCAGGAAAAGCUUGUAUGAGAAACCUCAUCAGCUAUGGUUGUUGUACUCGUAUGGAAAUAAACCGAGUAGAGGAUCUGUAGUUGUGAACAAUGACAUUCCCUAUCCGUCGUGGGUACGAUACAACGCCGACGAUGCUUUUGCACAGAAUACGUUCUGAGUAUCGAGGAUUUUACCAACAAUUCUUCCUCCUCCUCCUCUUCCCUGGCUGGCUUGCGUAACGACGACUCCCCAAACGGAAGUGACGAAGACCUGGCGAAGCUGAAAAUGACCCGGAACCCGUUGAAAAUGCAGGCGUUGCAGAUGCAGGAAAAGGAUAUAUUGAAGGAGAACCACAACAGCACUUCUGUUGGAGGACCACCACCAUCUUCACAACAAGGCACAACUACAGCAGCAGGAGGAGCUGCAGCAGGAGGAGGGGGCCCUGCUGGUACAACUACUGCUGUCCUUGUAGUUUCUGGUGACAAACAAGACCCCCGUAAGAAAGAGGAGGACAAAGUAGACCAUUCCGAAGAAGAGGACGACGACAGUAGUACGGACCACGACCUGAAGCCGCACGCCAAUUGGAACCGCAACAGCAAAUUCGAGGACUUGCAGUUGACUUCCACCACCAAAAAACGGGCGAGCCAGAUCCCGAACGCGCGGGUGACCUACGAUAUUGGGUUAACGCACUUCCACAAGGAGGACGAAGACCACCCUUUUCGGCGGGAAUUAUGACACUGCACAAGAACUCUCCGCCCUCCCCCUCAUUUGUAUCGCAUGAGCAGCAACACAAGCAUCAGCAACAAUGCCGGUUCUGCAUGACAGAUUUGUAUUGGAGUACUUAUAGUGCUAUUCGGGCUACCAGAACUUGUCAUGCAUAAUAGUGACAGGAUGGAAGGCGUGGAUUUGGUAUUUUGCAUGAGAAAUGAGGGGGAACGGGGGUUGUGCACGGUCAUAGGAAUCCCGGACGAACCAGAUUCAACGACUGAAAACCCAGUUUCAGCAACGCAAAAAACUUUUGAAAGCGAAACUGGAUUCGGUGAAUUGGAUCAAGGGUGGAACUGGAACAGCAGUAGCAGCAGCAAGAACUAGAACCGGCGCAGUGGAAAUAGAAAAUGCAGGGACUAGUAACAGCAAAACUGAGGGAGGAGCAGGAGCUGCUGGUGCACAACAAAAGGAGCCCGCUGUUGCGCCGUCAGGCAAUGUUGUGAAAGAACCCGGAACCGGACCACAGUUUUUUGAGGACGUGCAAGUUGUCGAGGAGGAGGGGGCGGGUGUAGAAGAUGCAAAACAACAAGCACAACCUGCUUCUUCAUCCCCUACUGCCACAGCUACACAACCAGCAGCAGCAAAUACAGAUGUCGUGCCAGCGAAUAGUACAACAGCCAAUGACCACCCGGAAAAUUCCCGAGCAAUGCGGGCAUCAAACGGAACUGAAGAUAGAAAAGAAGUUUUACCAGAGAACUCUACAAUCUUACCCCCGCGACCUACUGCUGAGUCUCCUGCUCCUGCAGCGGUACUAGAAAAACUGCCACAUCCAGAAGAGCAAGACAAAAACAACGCGUCGCAGUCGGAGCAAGAGUCCAUUCCAGACUACGCGAUGGCGAAUAACGUGCAGGUGGUCGAAAACUCGAAAAAGCGGGUGGUGACCAGUUUGGGUGAGGGGAUGAGUCCCGUGGGGACGAAACCCAGUAGUACGACAACGAAUUUUCCAGGUCCUCUAGUUAGUAAUCCUGCAGCAACAGAAACAACGUCAGCUGGUGCUGCUGAAACUUCUACCACAAAAAUGCAAGCAGCCCCGGAACAAGCAACCGCUGGUGCUGCCGCGGAGAGCACAACUACAGAUGAUGCAGCGGCCGCUUCUCGUACCGGCGGCGGCAGUGUGAGUUUUGGCGGCGGGGAUUCUCGACCCGGCGGCGGCAGUGUGAGUUUUGGCGGCGGGGACUGAGUCGUGGUUUGCUUCAUUUACUUCACACGUCGCAAGGAACUGCUAACCCAGGAGGAACUUGACACGACAGUCGAUUUUUACUCUGUCUUCUGAACCAGGGUUGCUGGUUUGAUGAUGGGUAGUGGUCUGGAGCAACUUGACUUUUCGAACUCGAAACAAUUGAUGAAGUUGAUCCGCGUCCAUGCUUCCAAGAAAAGAGCACUACGAUGUUGAGCAAACGAUUUAUUUUCGUUUGUGAGGUAAAAACAGUUUCCAAAUGAAUAUCAAU